AACAAAUUAAUCCGCUCCGCGUUCAGCGCCAAAAUUCACUUUAAAAUCCGGUGCAAGCAAUCGGGUGUUUUUAUAUUAAAAUAAUUUAUGAAAUAAAGCCCUUAAGUUAAAUUUGGUCAGUUAGUUUUACAAAGAAAACGCGCAGCCACUAUGCCAGAAUCUCAGGUAAACGAAGGAGCCUCCGGUUCCGGCGCGGCCAAAGAAUCUGCUGCAGCCAGCAAGAAGAGAAGUCUGCCUUGGAUCGAAAAGUACCGACCUCAACGCUUCGAAGAAAUUGUCGGCAAUGAGGACACUGUCAGUCGGCUGGGAGUUUUCGCCACCCAGGGAAAUGCUCCCAAUAUCAUCAUUGCGGGUCCACCGGGGGUGGGUAAGACCACAACGAUCCUUUGCUUGGCUCGCAUCUUACUUGGGGAAAAUUUCCGGGAAGCCGUUCUGGAGCUGAAUGCUUCGAACGAACGAGGUAUCGAUGUGGUCCGGAACAAAAUUAAAAUGUUCGCGCAACAGAAGGUUACCCUUCCUCGGGGUCGGCAUAAGAUUGUCAUUCUGGAUGAAGCCGAUAGUAUGACCGAGGGAGCCCAGCAAGCGCUCCGUCGAACGAUGGAAAUCUACAGUAACACGACACGAUUUGCGUUGGCUUGUAAUACAAGCGAAAAGAUUAUCGAACCGAUUCAAUCCCGUUGUGCUAUGUUGCGGUUUUCUAAAUUGUCUGACGCACAGAUACUGGCUAAAUUGAUUGAGGUAUGUCAGAAAGAAGCUCUUAGCUACGAUGAAGAUGGUCUAGAGGCGAUUGUUUUUACGGCUCAGGGUGACAUGAGACAAGCACUGAAUAAUCUGCAAUCGACUUCGAAUGGGUUUGGACACAUCAGUGGAGCGAAUGUUUUCAAAGUUUGCGAUGAACCUCAUCCGAUGCUUGUACAGGACAUGCUUGAGCAUUGUAUUAAAGGGGACAUUCACCAGGCCUAUAAGAUCAUGGCCAAGCUGUGGCGAUUGGGCUACGCAGCUGAGGAUAUUAUUGGAAAUAUUUUCCGAGUUUGCAAGCGAAUGAACAUGAAUGAGAAGCUGAAGCUGUGCUUUAUCCGGGAAAUCGGGGAAACCCACAUGAAAAUAGUCGAUGGACUUAACUCAUUGCUUCAGAUGUCCGGUUUAUUGGCAAAACUUUGCGAAGUGUCGUAUGAUUAUUCUUAAGCUGUUGAGACUUGAUAGCGAUUAAACUUCAUUCCUCUUUGAA